CAUAUGCUCUGUCGCGUAUGUCAUGUACUGAAAGGCGAAAAAUAUAACUAAACACACUGAUUAUUGAAUAAAAUUUGUGUCAGUUUUCACGUAAUUUUCAAUAAAAAAUGUCGGUGUUAAUUCGAUUGGCUAAUCGCAGCAUGCUGCAACGUAGCAUGGCGUUAAGCUUAUCGCGAUCCAUUAAAACUUCCCAGAAAAAAGAUGACACUGCAGCGGUUAUUACACCAAGCAGUAAAGAGGAUUUUGCCAACCCCAACCCCAAAAACUGGGUGAGCUAUGGAUUCGACUACAAGGAUAAAACAAAUGAUCGCAAUACAACAAAGCUGAGUUUUUUCACAGCAGUGACACUUUGUUUGGUAUGGGGUACUUUUCUAUGGUCAUAUUCGCCUGAUCCACAGCUGCGCGAUUGGGCGCAACGUGAAGCUUAUCUAGAAUUGCGUCGUCGAGAACAGGCAGGAGUCGAUCUAGUAAAUCCCAACUACGUAGACCCAGCAUCAUUUAAUUUGCCAUCGGACGAAGAAUUAGGCGAUGUGGAAAUUAUUAUUUAAUUGUGUAUAUAUUAUUAAAAUUUGUAACAAAACUAAUUCAAUUGUGUUGGCAAUAAAACAUUUUGCUGUUAUGUAAUUUGGAUAGUGUUGCUGCUAGAGCAUUGCUAAAAAAUAAACUCAAAUAAUACUUUCAAGCAAA